AUUUUGACGAAGGAGACCAUAGUUUUGGUUUCUGUGUCUUUGGUCAGCAAACCUUGUAUAAAUAAAGACUAGAUACAGGGGGUCCAUCAUUGUCAUCUACCUCUACAACAGAAGUGUUCAUCACAAUGAGGUGUCUUCUCGUCUUCGCUGUCGUCUGCGCUGUCGCUUACGCUCAGGGUCCAGGUGGACAUGGUCCAGGCGAGCAUGGUGACCCAGCAAUGCGCCUGGUAGCAGACGAGGUCCACGCCCUCCUUCAAGCCACCCCAUCCCUGACCGUGGCCGAGUGCACAACCAAGUGUGACGCCGUCUUCGUCCUCGAUGCUCCUCAGGACGAGACCAUCACUGACCGCGACUGUGCCAUCGAAUGCAGACUCCAAAUCGAAGGACCAUCCUCUGGUGCUCCCCACCACCCCACUGGUGAGCCCCACGGCCCUGGUGCCCGCUAAAGUCAAAGAGAGGCGAGACGUCAGUCGUCCGCGAUACACUCAUUCUGAAGUACAACUGCUGAUAACUAUUCCACUUGAUGAAGGAGUGGAGGAAGACAGAUAAACUCAAUUUGUCUGUUAAAUAAACAUAAAUGACUCCGCC